GCCAAGUUGGAGGGCGCCCCGCCCGCCCGGCGCCCUCCCCGCCGGGGCGCGCUGCCCCAGCUCCGCGCUCCGGGCCACCCCGGGGAGGGCGCGCGGCGCGGGCGCAGCGGAGGGGAGCUCCGGACAGCGAGGCGAUGCCGGCGGCGGCAUGGAGUUCCCGGGCCACGGCGGGCGGCUGCUGGGCCGCCUGAGGCAGCAGCGCGAGCUCGGCUUCCUGUGCGACUGCACCGUCCUGGUGGGCGCCGCGCGCUUCCCCGCGCACCGCGCCGUGCUGGCCGCGUGCAGCGUCUACUUCCACCUCUUCUACCGGGAGCGGCCGGCGGGCGGGCGCCACGCGGUGCGGCUCAACGGCGGCGUCGUCACGGCGCCCGCGUUCGCGCGGCUGCUGGACUUCAUGUACGAGGGCCGCCUGGACCUGCGCGGGCUCCCCGUCGAGGACGUGCUGGCCGCCGCCAGCUACCUGCGCAUGGACGACGUCGUCGGCGUCUGCAAGGGCCGCCUCCGGGGGCCGGGCCGCGCGCCGCCGCUGGGGACCCCCGCCCCCGGCGCAGAGCCGGCGCGCCCGCCGCCCCGCCCCCUGCCCGCCGGGACCCCCGAGCUGCGCGCCGCUGCCCAGAGGACCAGGCUUCCUGCGACCGGGCUCAAGGCCGCCAUCCCCGCAGGGGCGCGGGGGCCCCCUCCCUGGCAGGUCCCGGUGGAGUCGGACCGGGCUCUGGACCUGUCGCUGAAGCCCGGCCGGAGGCGGGAGCCGGGCCGCCCGCCCGCCGUCCUCCAGACCCCGCCCUGCGGUCCGAGGCAGCGAGGCGCCGCGCCUCCGGUGAGGGGCCAGCAGGACUCACCGUCGGGGCCGGACAGCGUGGGCCCCCUGCGCCCCCCCAGCCCCCUGCAGUCCCCCCGCGUCCCUGCAGCCCGGCGCCUGGCGGGGGGCCUGGAGCUGCUGCCCGUGGGGCCGGGCAGCGGGGAGCCGGAGCGGGACGCCGAGCGGGAGGCCGCGGGGGACACGCUGGCGCCCGGCGGCCGCCUCUGCACGUGUCCGCUGUGCAGCCAGCCCUUCCCCAGCGCCCACGCGCUGCAGCGGCACCUCAGCGCCCACUUCCGCGAGCGGGACGGUGCCCGCGCCCGGCUCUCGCCCGACGGCGCCGUGCCCACCUGCCCGCUCUGCGGGAAGACCUUCUCCUGCGCCUACACGCUGAAGCGCCACGAGCGCACCCACUCGGGCGAGAAGCCCUACGCGUGCGUGCAGUGCGGCAAGAGCUUCCAGUACUCGCACAACCUGAGCCGCCACGCCGUGGUGCACACGCGCGAGAAGCCCCACGCCUGCCGCUGGUGCGCGCGCCGCUUCACGCAGUCCGGGGACCUCUACCGCCACGUGCGCAAGUUCCACUGCGGCCUGCUGUGACUCUCGGCCGCCGUGGGGCCCGGGGGUGGCGCCGGGGUGCUGUGUGGAAGCCCCGAGGCUGCCCCUGCUCCCACCUGGUACCCUGUCUGUGACACUGUCUUCCCCUCCUUCCAGUUCUGGGGGUGUCGCAAGGGCCCCCGAACUGGCCCAGGCACCUCGCGUGGGGCAGCCCUUAGGGGACCCUUGUGCAUCUGGCCCCACUUGGCGAAGGACGCACAUCACAGAAGCUGUCAGCGAGGCCCCUGGGGGCGGGGGGCCAUGGGCGCAGCUGGAAGCUGAGGGCUGUGGGGCUCCAGGCGGGGGUGCUGGGAGUGGGGGUGACGUGGCGCAGGCGCAGGAGGCUGGGAUUUGGAAAGGGUUCUCUUUAGACGCAGGGCCUCCGAGGCUGCCAGCUGUCUGCCCGGGCCCUGGGCCGUGCCUCUUCCCGCCUGAGCACAGGGUCCAGGGCCUCAGCCUCCCCGGCAGCCGCUACUGGGCCACCUGCUCACCCCCCAGCGGCUGGUCACUUCCAGAGCACAGAGAGGGGGCGAGGCUGCGCCCCACCUGGGGCAGUGCCCGGAGGGGUACGGGCAGGGUGCCCGCCUGGGGCAGGGUCCCAGCCCCCACCCCUGGCCCGUGGACGUUGCUGUGUCUGCGGCUGCCUGAGCCACCCUCCCUGCCCGCCUGCUCGCUGAGCACCUGCUGCUGCUGGAUCCCCAGGCUCGGGGUCCUGCGGGCGGUGCAGCCGCCUGGACUCCUGGUCCCCAGGCCGCAGGGCUGUGCUGCUGGGACUGGACGUGGCAGGAGCCGCAGCCCAGCAGCUUUAACUUAUUCUCCCUCCUCCUGGCAACACUUGAUGUCGUAUUUAUUGUCUUCCUGGUCUCCACCGAGCCCGGCCCCCUGCCGGCCCCCGGCGCCCGUGUGGCUCCCCGUGUGGCUGGCCUCUGCUGACCCCUAGCGCUGGGGGCCCUGGACCACGCGGGGACCAGGGACUGGGUGAAGGGGGUCCCUGCUUCCGACUGCCCUGCCCCCAGCCCCUCACCUGCGGAAAGGCCAGUGUCACUGCCCACUGGGCGUGAAGUGCUCCGUGACCCAGUUCCCGUGUGUGUGUGUGUGUGGGGGGGUGCGCACAUAUGGAGUGUACAUGUGUGUGUGCGUGUGUGUGUGGUCAUGCGAGCCCUGCCAGCAGCGAGGAGUGCUGGGGAGGGGGCGGGGCCUGGUCCCCCCGGGGUUUCCGUGGGAGAAAUGUCCUUUCUGGGGCGGGAGGUGGCCCUGAGCGCUCACACUGGCCGCCUGGUCCCCUGCAGCCCUGACUGUGACGUUAACGCGAAGAGCGGUGGCCGUCUUCACCGCUCGCCGACAGUCCGACGAGAUGUGUUUAUAUUUAUAUGUAAGAUGCUAGGUGUGUGGGAGCACGCGGCAGAGGCGUGUGCAGGCGCGUUUGGGGAGGAACCUGCUGUGGGGUCACCCCGGGCCGGCCCGGCCUCCUGCCUCGCCGCUGCGCUGCCCCUGGAGCGGCCGGGCGCCCGCUGGCGGGAGGUUUUGUUGCACACACGCCCGUCUCCGCGUCCGUCCUUGUCUGUGGUGACCGUGUCAAUAAAGCCCACCCCGUGGA